AUGUCCUUCAUUCGAGCAGCGACGAUCGCCCGUUCUGUGGCAACGAACAGCUGCAGACGUUACUCGGUCGAAGCUGGUGCGAAGAAAUCAUCUAACCUCGGACUUUACCUGGGCGGCGCUGGUCUCGUUGGUCUUGGGACGUAUGUGUAUAUGGGUUUCGGUACUGCGCAGGCGGGAAUUGCCAAGAAGGACCUGAAGAGCCCUCUUGACCCGUCAAAAUACAUCGACCUCAAGCUUAAGAGGGUAGAGCCUUACAAUCACAACACCGCUAAGUUUGUGCUUGAGCUCGGAAAGGGCGAGGCUUCGCUUCUUCCGGUUGCUUCCUGUGUUUAUAUUGAGACUCCGGACUUUAAGGAUGCCAAGGGCGAGCCUAUGCAUCGCCCGUAUACCCCCAUUUCAGCGUCUGACCUUGAAGGAGAGCUGGUUUUUAUCAUCAAAAAAUACGAGACAGGCAAUGUCUCCAAGCACAUUCACUCUCUCAAGGCUGGGGACACUCUAAAAAUCAAAGGUCCUCUCGCAAAAUGGUCUUGGAAGAUGAAUGAGCUGGAAGAAGUUGGCCUCAUUGGUGGUGGAAGUGGAAUCGCUCCACUCUACCAGGUCCUGCAACAUGCUCUUGCAGACAAGUCGAACAAGACCAAGUUCAAGCUUCUGUACGCCAAUGUUACUGAGCAAGAUAUCCUACUUCGCGAGGAGUUCGACGCCAUGAAGAAAAAAUACCCCGAUACUUUUGAUGUCGUAUAUGUUCUUGACAAGGGCGAUGCUAACUGGAAGGGUUCCACUGGAUACAUUGGCGCUGACCUCAUUAAGCAGCACAUUGCACCGCCAUCACUGGGCGAGAAAGUGAAGGUCUUCAUCUGCGGUCCGCCUGGACAGGUUGUCUCGAUUGCAGGCAAGAAGAAUGGUAUGAAGCAGGGUGAACUAAAGGGUGUUCUUAAGGAGUUGGGUUACACCGAAGACCAGGUGUAUAAAUUCUGA